CAGGAAGUCCCUUUUAUAAGAGUAUAAUAGAGGUAUAAAUAACAUAUGAGAUUUCUUCUGCCUUCCUAGAUUUUGAAUGCCCAGUGAAGUCCUGGGCAGAAGAAUGAUGUGGGAAAACUGGACAAUUGUCAGUGAAUUUGUUCUUGUGAGCUUUUCAGCCCUAUCCACUGAGCUUCAGGCUCUACUGUUUCUCCUUUUCUUGACCAUUUACCUGGUUACAUUAAUGGGCAAUGUCCUCAUCAUCCUGGUCACUACAGCUGACUCUGCACUACAAAGUCCUAUGUACUUCUUCCUCAGAAACUUGUCCUUCCUGGAGAUAGGUUUCAACUUGGUCAUUGUGCCCAAGAUGCUGGGGACCCUGAUCAUUCAAGACACAACCAUCUCCUUCCUUGGAUGUGCCACUCAGAUGUAUUUCUUCUUCUUUUUUGGGGCUGCUGAGUGCUGCCUCCUGGCCACCAUGGCAUAUGAUCGCUAUGUGGCUAUCUGUGACCCCUUGCACUACCCAGUUGUCAUGGGCCACAGAUCCUGUGCCCAGCUAGCAGCUGCUUCUUGGUUCUCAGGGUUUCCAGUGGCCACUGUGCAAACCAUAUGGAUUUUCAGUUUCCCUUUUUGUGGCCCCAAUAGGGUGAACCACUUCUUCUGUGACAGCCCUCCUGUCAUUGCACUGGUCUGUGCUGACACCUCUCUGUUUGAACUGGAGGCUCUGACAGCCACUGUCCUAUUCAUUCUCUUUCCUUUCUUGCUUAUCCUGGGAUCCUAUGUCCGCAUCCUCUCUACCAUCUUCAGGGUGCCCUCAGCUGAGGGGAAACACAAGGCCUUCUCCACCUGUUCCUCCCACCUCCUGGUUGUCUCUCUCUUCUACAGCACUGCCAUCCUCAUGUAUUUCCGACCCCGAUCUAGCGCCUCUCCCGAGAGCAAGAAGCUGCUGUCACUCUCUUAUACAGUGGUGACUCCCAUGUUGAACCCCAUCAUCUACAGCUUAAGGAAUAAUGAAGUGAAGGCUGCACUGAAGCGGGUUAUCCACAGGACCCUGGGUUCUCAGAAACUAUGAUUGACUUAGAUGGAAACUGAAGGCGUAAAAUGUAAGCACACAAAAAAAUGAAUUCCUCAAGUGGGUUUGGUGUCUCCACUCUUUUUAGGUGACACGGUAUGCCUAUUGAUUUUUUUUAACUUUCUACUAAGACCUAUUUAUGAAAGAAAGAACAUGAUGAAUGAAAGAAAGCAUUGUCAUAGUCUCAAUAUUCUAUGGGACAGUGGUACCAGUGUCUCUAGAGAUGCUUCUAGUUUAUAUAAAUUAGGAUCCUCUGAAGAUUGAUAAUUAUAAUCCACCAUUUAAAAAAAUUUGUUUCAACUUUUCUCACACUCCCUCAUUCAUUUCAUUUUAUAAUUUUCUGCUUUACUUUCUUCUAUUUGUCUAAAACCUACCUGUGUAUUUCUAGGCUAUUUUUGUUUACAAGGCAACUAAAAUAACAAUAAUAAUGCUAAUAAAUAGAAAAGUUUUGUUUUAUUCUUAUACUCAUUUAUUCAACAAAUUUUGAGUUUGAACUCAACAUUUUAACAAAUUUAUAUUCAGCACUCAGCAUAUGUCACACUUGGUUUAGGCCCUGAAGACACAUUGGUAAAUAAAACAGAUAAUUUUUUUACCCCAUAGAAUUUACAAUCUAGUGAGAAAAAGAGAUGAUAAAAAGAGACAAAAAUCCUCCAGUGGUUUAUAAAGUAUACAUGUUUAGAGGACUAGCAAUUGAAGAGCAGACUGACUCUGUGUCUGCUCACAGAGUCAGUUUGCGCUUCUCUGACUCAUAGAGUCAGUCUAUGCCUCAUCUGGAGAAAGGCUGUUUCAUAGUGACAACUGCCUAAAUCUCACAUUAUCCACCUGGUGUACGAGAACUGCUUGACAUAAAAGGUAUAAAGAACUCCCAGUCAAGUGUAAGUAGAGAAAUUAUGGGGAACUGCCAUAAAGAACCAAAGAUUCUUCGCUCAUGAGAUUUUUUUCUGUAAUCUUAUUGUGAUUGGAUGGAAUCAAUUGUCUUUUUCAAGCUUGUGUAUCUUUCAACCAACAUAGUAGCCUCUCUGUAUGAUUUUGUCUAGUGAACAUGGUCCAACUCUGGACUCAGCAAACAGCAGCCUUUGGUAUGGGCAACAUAACUGUGUGUAAACAUACUCAUAGCAAUUCAUUAAUAAUUAAGGGUGAAUUAUAUUUACUACACAGGCAUGUCUGCCUUACCAACUCUAUAAACAACCUAUGAAUGUGUGCCAUAGAAGUACCAGGAGCAGUUUCCUUUCCUGCCAGAAGUGUCCUUUAGCUCUCUUGACACAAGAGCUUCUGAAAGAUAGCUCAUUCUGUAAAAUGACUGUAAGAAUUUUCAAAAGAAAAGGCAGAUCAUGGGGUUCUAUUUGCAUGAAGGCAAUCACACAAUCAAACAGAUUGACACCAUUAAAAAUUGAUAGUCUCCAAUUUCGGUCAAACUUUAAUCACUUCUUCACAUUCCUUUUGCUUGACCUUGGUGAAUAAAGUAAACAGCACCCCUUCUCCGCAAGGAUAUCUAUAUUCUAGUCCCUGGAACCUGUGAAAGUGGUACCUUCCAUGGUAAAAGGGCUGCAGAUGUGAUUGAUUUAAGGAUUCUAAUAUAGGGAGACUAUCUUGAGUUAUCUUGGUGGACCCAAUCUAAUCACUAGGGUCCUUCUAAGAGGGAGGCAAGAUGAUAAGAAGAAGGGACAGAAAAAUGUAAGUAUGGAAGCACAGGUUAGAGAAGACAGAAGGUGAUACAUUACGGAUUUUGAAAUUAGAAGACAGGGCCAUGAGCCAAAAAAUAUAGGCAGCCUCCAGAAGCUGAAAAAGUCAAGGGGACAAAAUGUCCCUCUAGAGACUUCAGAAAAUAAUGCAGGUCUUGCUGACACCUUAAUUAUAGUGCACUGGAAGUGAUUCUGGACUUUUAAACUCUAGAAUUCUCAGAUAACAAAUCCAUGUGGUUUUAAGCUACUAGGUUUGUGAUAAUUUGUUACAGCAGCAAUAAGAAAAUAAUGCAGUUGGUUAUACCAUAUCCUUUUCAACUAAUGCCCAAGUUUUUGCUAUUUUCCCCUGUACCUUUCUUCCUUCUUUCAAGAAAACAACUUCUACUUCAUCAGGAAAAUUGGGGUGAUCAGAUUUAAAUGAAUUUUACUUAUGCCCUUCCAUCUAAAAAUGUGCCUGUCUAUGCCCACAUCUAUGCCUAUUUCUCUUAAUCUGAGAAAUACUUGAUUUCAUUGCCUCUUGUCUAUGGCCCAAGCUCCCUGUAGUAUCUUGUCUCUUUCACCUGUAACUUCAACCUCUUCCUCUCUUUUGCCUCAAGCUAUAAACAUGCCCUGAUCCUUAAAACAAAAAUGAAUUACAGUCUUGAUCAUG